CUCUCGGCGGCUACUGCAGAGAAUUCAGAACCGAGUAGCUGAAGAGGAGGAGGAGGAGGAGGCUCCCGGUCCCUGCGCGCCAUCCGCCACCUUCCUGGACACGGGCGAGGGAACGAGAGCGUCGCCUCUGUAGCCUCGGGAGAAGACAAGGGCAUCGCCGCCUGAGCUGCCGACGCCGCGGUUUUCGCUUGCAGCAGCUCGCCGGAUCCACUGUCUUCCACAAUGAACCCUGUUUACAGCCCCGUGCAGCCUGGGGCUCCUUAUGGCAACCCUAAGAACAUGGCCUACACAGGUUAUCCCACAGCCUACCCAGCAGCGGCCCCUGCCUACAAUCCCAGCCUGUAUCCCACCAACAGCCCCAGUUAUGCUCCAGAGUUUCAGUUCCUGCAUUCAGCUUAUGGAUACCAUGAAGCAACACUGCUGAUGAAACAGGCCUGGCCACAGAACUCGUCUUCCUGUGGCACUGAAGGCACCUUCCACCUCCCAGUGGACACCGGGACCGAGAACCGAACUUACCAAGCAUCCUCUGCGGCUUUCAGAUACACUGCAGGGACACCAUACAAAGUCCCACCGACCCAGAGUAAUACUGCCCCGCCCCCUUACUCCCCGUCACCAAAUCCCUAUCAGACGGCCAUGUAUCCAAUCAGAAGUGCCUAUCCCCAGCAGAAUCUGUAUGCCCAGGGAGCCUACUACACACAGCCGGUGUAUGCUGCCCAGCCCCACGUUAUCCACCACACCACGGUUGUCCAGCCCAACAGCAUCCCCUCUGCCAUCUACCCGGCACCAGUUGCUGCCCCAAGGACCAACGGCGUGGCCAUGGGCAUGGUAGCGGGCACCACCAUGGCGAUGUCAGCAGGUACCCUGCUGACUGCACCCCAACACACGGCGAUUGGGGCACACCCUGUCUCCAUGCCAACAUACAGGGCCCAAGGAACCCCAGCGUACAGCUAUGUGCCCCCACAUUGGUAAAGCCUGCAGCCCAUCCAAAUCUGGAGUCACACAUUGUAUGCAACUACUCAAGUCUUACACAGGUGCUGGAGCAGUUCCCUAGCAGCACCGCCUCUAUUUGCAAGAAGAGACAACGGAAGUGCAAGGGUCACUUUAUGCAUCUUAAAUGGUUUUGGUUUUUAUUUUUGGUUUUUGUAAAAGCUGCUUUUUCUGAGCUCCUGCCUCUCCCACUGUCCCCCUCUUAGCCACUGCCCCUCUAGUUCUACCCCCUCCUCCUGCCUGAUCAGGUACAUUCUCUCUGCUUUUUCCUUCCAAGCAUCUCGUCCCCUGGGAGCCCACUGCAGUGCCAGGGAGACAAUUGUUUGCUGUAGUGGUUCAGCUGCAGGCUUGGUUUUAUUUGAAGAGAGUAACAGAUGUGGCCCUGUGGUCCAUGGUAUAUGGACUCAGAACUAUUGAGCAGGCCCAUCUGGAAAUUGUUUCUUUUUUUAAAUUUUUCUUAAGAUUACGACAUUCUAUGUCCUAAUGAAACGUCUCCUGAGAACCAUCACAACAGACCAAGGACAAAGUCACCUCACCUGAUUAGGCAGGAAUGUUCAUAGCAGCUUAAUAUCCCAAGCUAAGAACCUGGGGAAACCAGAUUCUUACCUUGGGAGAAUUUGGGAGAGGGGAAUAGGGCAGGUGGUAAGGAAAAAGCAGGGAGAGACUUUUGCCCUGCUGGUUUUGUUUUGUAGGUCUCUGGCCAAAUUGUCUGGGCCUAGACCCUCUGAUUUGCACAGUAAUGUUAACUGACCUGGCACUUCCUCAGAAGGCAACUCUGACUUCAGACCUGCCAAGCAGCUGCAGAGUGGCAGGAUCCCAGCCUCCCAGAGCCUUGGAAAGCCAGAUGCCCCUGUAAUCCAGACCUUGGCCUCUGAGCACUCAUGGACCCACUCUGAUGAGGAGCUUCCUCCUGAUGAGAGUGGAAACUUGUGGCUUUUCUCUCCCUUCCCUUGGUCCAUCCCUGUGACAGGGCUCACCCUUCUGUCCAUGGGGCUGGCAGGCAAGCCAAGCUCUUGGUUACCUUAUGCCACCAUGGCCAAAGUGAAGGAACCACUUUCCAAGUGGGUGCUGGCAGCUCUGAAGGUCAGGAUGGUGAAGGAAAAGCAAUAGCAAUAAACAUUUCAUAGACUCAUGGAACUGAAGGGACCUUAGCAAUCAUCUCAUCCAUUCCCCAGUUUGACAGCUAGGCCCUGAGAAACAAAGGACUUCUUUAGAUCACCAGUAAAUUAGCAUUAAAUGCAGCCUUCCUGCCUAGGGGCAUGUUGCCUACAAAAAUUGACCUAGGGAUGGAUUGGCUUGGUUUUGUAAAAAUUAGUUCAGCAGCGCCCACACCUGGUGAGCUCUGGAAUAGUCUGGGCUUUUGUUUCUGCUCUUCCUCCAUGGACUCCAAAUGCAGGGGUUGAAGACUGGGCAGAGGUCACGUGGGGCAGAUGGCAGAACAGAAAUUGCAAAUGAAGAAGUAACAUUUAGAAAUUCUGUGAAGACAUCUGGAACUUGCAUCCUAUUCCAGCCCUAGGAGCAGGUGGGCUGGCUGAAAAGGAGAGUCUCUUUUAGGACAGUGGCCCCUCAUCCUGAGUCCUGGGAGGAAGACAAGGAUGAGGCCCAGGAGACAGUAGCUCUCCUGAGAACAGACCUAUGGGACAGGAGGCCCUGCUAGUCUCAGCCAGGAACCCUGGCUGCCCCUGCACUGCCCUCCUGCUCCUGGCUUUCGGCUGGGCCAGCAGCCCUUCUGGUAGGGGCGAGAAUAUUUUACUGUAUAAAAUGGGAUCAUUGAUGACAUUUGGGACUUUUAAAUCACUUCAUUUUAAAUUCACGCAAACUUAGAUAUAACCCUUCCCCUACCUCCAUGUCUCCCUAAAGGAGGAAAAAGUCAGGAAACCCUUGGGCCAGAAGGACCUCAGAGGCUGACUGGUCACUCCCAGGAGGGCAAAGCCCAUCAGCACCCUCAGCCCAGAUCCAGGAGUCGGGGGUCACCUUCUUGGCCUCCUAAGGAACUGCAGGGCCGGUAAGGAGAAACCCAGCUGUUCUGAACAGUCUUGUAGGGUGCUGACAAGGUUUCAGUUUAAAAUAACAGAAGUUUUCCAGUGUUAAUCCAUUUUUUUUUUUUGCAAAUACCUCGUCCCACUCUCUGGUUUUGUAAGUGUGGGUGAAGGUUGUUUUAGAUUGUCAUACAUGUUUGGAAAAUGCCAAAAUAGUAAUAGAAAUUUUUUGCAUUUACCAGGUGCUUCAUAGGUUUCAGAGCACUUCAGUCUUUAAUUUACUGGCCCUGAAAGAGAGACAGGUCAGAACUAUUUAUACCCUUUUGACGAGUGAGGAAAUUGGUUCUAGAAGGAAGGGGAGCUUGCCCAAAACGAGCAGAAUGCUGGUAUCCUAACAGAUUCCCUUGCACGCUGCUGUGUCUAGGUGAACUGGGGUAGAUUCAGAAAUGGGAGAAGAGGUGACCUAGGAAUGAUCUUGUCACUUUGGUUCUUACUACACAAGUAAGUGGAAACUAACAUCUAGUACCUCACAGUCCAUAAAAGUUUCACACCCACCAUCUGUUAAGUCUGAAGUAAAUGAUUCCUUCCAUUUGAUUCAUGAGAACAGAAACGGGACUUGCUAAGGCGCAGCAGUGCCACUCGCACCCAGUCUGCACAUAAGGGCUUGCAGUUGAAGCAUCUGUGCUCUGCACCCUUUUAGCCCUACGUAAUUUGAAAUCAAAGACAAGCCCCAAGGCAAAAGCCAGGUGUGGAAGGCUGGCAGAGUGCAGGCCCCGCGCCCUUUAUACAGUGAGCACCAGAGCCUCAGUUCAGCUGGCCUCAUCUGCUUGCUUUGACAAGAUCCACAAGCCUGGCCAAGCUUGGGGAGUCACUGCAAGGCACUGAGCCCAGGCGGGCAGGGACGGUACCUGUUAGGAUGAGCACCCUCGGUAGGGUCACCGGUGUCUGUCGUGGAUAUCCUCCAAAGACGACCUGGUCACACCAGACAGGUCAGCUGACUGACCUGGAAGGGCCCUGUCUUUGUAGGAAGUCCAACCACCGGAGACUCGUGGAGAGGGGGCUGGGAGGCCACAUGACAGCUGCAGUGCUGUAGGCACCCCAGCAGCUCCCCAACAUCACCAGCCAGUCCUCUUGGCUUCCCACUUGUCCAGACUCCUCACAUCAGCCUGAAGGCUGCAGUGCCCCCAAGUGGUUAAGAGCCUGACACACAAUCUUUCUGCUACUUUGGGGGUUUGGGGGGAAUCAUUUCUUCCCCUUAGACCAGACAGUUGCAGCUCCUCCCUCUCCUGGCAGUGACCCGAAAGUGCAGAGCCUACAUACAGAACAAGAACACACACCUGUCUAGUUUGUGUAUAAAGUACUUAGACAUUGAUUGCCAAAAUCCCUUUUUCGAUAGAAAAAAGGAAGUCUGGGAAGGCUUAAGAGACUUGCCAAAGGUCACACAGCUCGUAUGAAAAAGCUAAGAUUUGGGCUUUUUAAAUCACUUUGCCCUUUUUGCUGGCUGCUGAGUCUCUGAUGGCAGGUAUGAAGAAAGGAUGUCUGCCCCAAACGGAGGAACACAUUCCUUCCAGCUGAGCAGGGCUCUGAGGACCGAGGAGCAUAUCUGGCCAGCAGGGUAAGAAUUUUCAGAAAGGCCUAACUUCACAAUAGCACUUUGGGGUCAUGAUGCCGAGGGCCAAAGACAUGCUCAGAGGCCUCUGUUGAUGGAACCUUAGAUCCCUGCCCGCUCUCCACGAGUUGGCACUCGCAGGGCGCUCUGAUCACCAAUACCAUAUCCAGCCCUGGGCUGAGUGACCUGAGACACUGCGGUCUCCUUAUCCCAGCUCUUACCCUGACCCUCCAAAUUUUCUAGGUGUGAGAUGUCCCACUUCCAGGCCUCUGGGAAUGCUUCUUUGGAAGGGCUUCCUUUGGCCUGAGUGACCUUCUGAAAUGAAUCACAUGGAGCUUGAAAGUAGGACAGGCCCUAGGUCACCAAGUUGUGGUGUCCUCAUUAUGGGGACAGGACUUGGCUCGAGGCCCAAUGAGGCACAGGCUGAGCCAGCCUGGAGCCCUGCAGAUCAGAUUAGUAGGUUCUGCUUUGUGUCCAGAUAGGGCCCAGAGGGCGUGGGGCAGGAGUCCAAUUGGGUUUUAGUCACCACAUUCUAGCUGGAUCAGGAAUUUCGAUACCACCACCACCACAUUUCAAUUGCAGCUGAAAACGUAUAUGGAACCUCCACUUUUCCAUGCUGUAUUCCAGCACAUUACUAUAGGGUAUGCUGUCCCCAGCUACUUGCCAAACUUGGGGAUCCAGAGAGGAGCAGUUUGGGAGUAGAGUGAGCAGGUGGGAGGAGGCUUCAAGACAGUGUACAGCCCCAGGGGAGUCCACACCCCACCCAAAAGCAGGAUGGUGACAGACACCCAGCUAGCUGUGAUCAGAUUCCCACCUGCGCCUCUGUGGACAUUUCAGGGCUGGUCCUUUCUCGGCCACCUUCCCCUUGCGCCUUGAAAAUUCGUUUUUGAAAUCAAGCAUUACCUGGUUCCAGGGCCAAGCCUUCAAAAUUCCAGCAGGCCAACUUCGACAUUCCAUAGCCAACCUUGCCUGAGCCAAACUUGGGCCCCACUACCCCAGUUUCUCCAGUGGGUAUUUUCUACCGUGCAAGCUGUCAAGUCCAGCCCAGAGGCCAAGUGAGGGACACAGGAGUUGGCACUGGCUGCCACAAAGCCUGAAAGAGAAAUGAGCUCUUGCUUCCCCAUGACUUGUCCUUAGCACCUGGGCAUUUUCGCUGUAGCAGUGAGGCCUGUAUCCAUUCCAGUCCUGGUAGAGGGGGUAGUUUCCUUCCUGAAGCAGAAUAGAAACAAUAACCUUGCAGACAAGCUUCAGCCCAUAAGAGUCAAAUGGGUGGCAUCACCCUUAGGCCUGACCCCAGCAAGACCAGCAUGUCCAGGCUCCAGCCUUCCCUGUAUGCCUGAGAGUCAGGGGGAGAGUGGACUGCCCAGAGGCCAGGUUAUCUGGAUCUGUGGUUAGACUCAAGCUCUUCCUUGCCAGAGCAGCAAGGAUGGGGCUCCAGCAAAUUGGAGUUGUCUGAAAUGGCCUAUUGAGGCCCAAGGGACUGUCCCCACCUCCUGACUCAGAAGCAUCUGCAUUCCUGUUUCAUAUCACAUGACAGAGAAACCUGUUCUCAUGGCAUGUAACAUCCCUGUGAGAGCAUUGUAUAUGAUUUUGUAUUUUUUAAUUCAUUUUAAUCUACAGGUUGGAAUCUAAUUUUUAAAUUUUAUUGGAAUUCACAUUUUAAAAAGAAAAGCAUUUAAAAUAAUAAACCUUUGACUGGUGUCUUCCAAGUAGUUUGAUCGAAAAACUUUUAGGUGUUUUCAAAACACAGCCUGGAGUGUAAAGAUUGGAAAGCCCCAUGGCCUCGCUUGUGUGUAUGAAGUGUAAAUCUGGUUUUGUUUCGUUGUUUUGGAUUCUUUUGGGUUUUGUUUUGUUUUGAAGAUCAGAUAGUGAUCACUCUGAAAGAUUGAAGCCAAGAAUUUGUAAUUAUGAUAUUUACUGUAAGCUGUAGAACAUUCAAUAACUAUUAAAAAAAAAGUUUC